AUGGAAAAAAGUGGUGCUCAAUGGACCUGCUAUAACCAGCAGAAAACUAAAGAAGAAUUAGGCUGGUAUCAUGAACAACUACCUACAAUCAUUCACUCAAGGAAACAACCUCAUAUUACUCAUGAAGAAUUGAUUCAAAUAACAAAAUGGAAACUAAUAAGAGGAAAAUUCCGUCCUUGUCUCAUGGACUUGGUGCGCAUAAAUACAGAAACUGCAGUAUUGAAGGCAAGCAAGAAAGCUUUCAGAAAAGUUCCAAAUAUCACUAAAGCUAUAAAUGCACUUACUUGUUUAAAAGGUAUUGGUCCUGCAUCUGCAUCAGCAAUUCUAGCAGCUGGUUAUCCGGAACAUGCUCCAUUCAUGGCUGAUGAAAGUAUGUUGUCUACUCCAGGAAUUGAAACUACAGAUUAUACUUUAGCAGAAUAUGUGAACUAUACUGCACAAAUAAAAGCAUGUAGUGAUCGUUUAAAUGAGCAUGAUAAAGAAACCAAGUGGACUCCUCAUAAAGUAGAAUUGGCACUGUGGACACAUUUCUUGGCAAGAGAGCUGAAACCAUCUAUUCUCGAUGAUUUACCUAAAUAUGAUGAAGAUGCAACUCCAAACGGAAAGUCAAGCAGCAAUCAUUCAGAUAAAGACAAAUCUGUACGUGAUGCAUUGAAACAAUUGGAUCAAGAUGAUUCUUCAAAUGAACCCGUUGAUAAAAACAUCUACAAUGCACACUUGAAUAUUGGCGAAGAUAGUGAGGUAUCCAAUAGUAGUUUGGAGGCCACUGAUGAACCCCCAAGUAAAAAGCCUUGCAUUUAGCCUUAAUUGUAGCCUCUGUACCCUCUUCACUUUUUAUCAAGGUACAUAAAAUUCAUGUAAAGGAAAACGAAACAAACUCCUAUUUUUCUAUCUUAUUCAUCUUUAUUUUAUUGCAGGUAUUUGAAUUUACAUACCAUUGCUAUAGAACAAUGAUUCAUAUCGUUCACAAUAUUUAGGAAUUUUUGUCAUGCAACAAGUGAAGGUGCAGAUUUCAUAUAGUGUAUCUUAUUUCUUUUUUUGCACAAAAUCCUCUUAGCUAUUGAUGCAAAAAAGAAAAAAAAAAUUAUAUCUAUAUCUAUAUACACAGACACACACACACACCACACUAGCAUGCAUUCCUCUGAAAUGUCAUAUUAAAAAGUACAUUCCUUGUGAAUUUUUGUUUCUAAUUUGUGCUUGUCCUUGAUAUUGUUUUGUAUAAGGUGAUCAGAUUUUUUGAAAUUAAUUAUUAUUUUUAUUUAGAUAGUUAUAAGAAAUUAAAUUGGAUAGUUUUUUUAUAGGAAAAAAAUGGUAAAUGUAAAUAUAUUAUAUGCACUUUCUAAGAUUAAAUGUGAAUGUAGCAGUUGGAAUUACAAAGCAGCAUUAGGAGAUGUUUGCUGGUUUUUUUAAUCAUGCUAAUCUAAAAUUUUGUACUUAAAAAAAAUUAACUGUGUGAAUAAACAUUAUUGAUAAAUGUUCAAUAAAUUGCACAUUGUUUUUAUAAUUGUAAAAAUGACAAUAUUGAUCUUUGCAGUUUAUCAGAUGAUAAAUAACAGAUAUGCAGCCUAUUCAAAUGUUGAUUUAUAUGACUAGUUUGAUUAUUAAGUUUUAUUCUUGCUGAUUUGAGUACAUUUUGCAAAAAUAAUUUGUUUUAAAGAUCAAUAUUUAAUAGAAAAUAUUAUCAUUAUUUCAUACAGCUUUGAAUUAAUGAGCUGCUGCAUUUUCACAUUCAUACAUAAUUAUUAUAGUUAUAAUCUUUGUUUAAAUUUUGUCUAUUAAAUUUACACUCAUAGAACAGAAAGUAAAUUUUUGUUUAGACGUAGUAAAAUUUUUAUUGCAUAUUUAUUGUCUGUGUUACUUCAGUACAAAUUAGAUUUCUGAUUAAAAUUAAAAAUUUCAGAUUACUUUUUUUAAUUUAUCAGUCAGAAAUUUUAAUUUAUAAAUAAUGGAUUAAGUUAUUUGUUAAACAACUAGAUUCUUCCAUGAAUGAAUGAAAUUUUAGAAAUGAAGGUAGUUUUUUCAUAUCUUUUUACAUUAAUAAUUACAAAGGGUCAUUUUAAAUAUUUUUAAGAAUAUGUUUAUUAUGCAGUUUAUAUUUGUUAAUAUCUGUAUAAUGAUAUAAAUCUGAUCACCUUCCAUAAAUAUGCGCUAUAGACAUUUAAUUAGUAAAUUCAAUUAUAGAAUUUUUUGAUAUUACUAAGAAAAGUGAUUUUUAUUUUAUAUACUAUCCAUUUUCAUCAACAGAAAAGCUUACAGUUUGAUUCAUAAUAUCUUAGAAUGUAAUUGAUUCAGAGGAGUACAUAAUUAGUUGAAAAUUUAAAAAAAAAUUGUAGGAAAGUCGUUCAUGGAGAAUCAAUUAAAAUAUUAUAUGAAUGAUAUUUCAAUCAUAUUAUGGUAUCAUUCAAAGCAACAUAUUUUUCCCCCUUAAGAAAAUUUUGAAAUUAUUAUAAUUAUAGAAAAGUACAGAAUUUUUAUAUUUAGAAAUGAAUUUUUUUUCCUACUUAAUUAUAUAAUAAAAUCAGAAAGAAUUGAAUUUUGUCACACUACAGUAAGUUUAGUGUAAAUAUAACUUUGUCAGGUUAUAUAAACAAAAACAAAAUGCUAACUGUGUUAUUUUUAAAAUAAUUUUAAGUUAUAAAGCUUUCUUAAUGGUUAGUAAAUGGUUAUAUACAUUGCAAUUGGGUGUAAUGACAUUAACUGUGUAACUAGUUUGGAAACUAUUAAAUGUUGCUUUUAGAAACUGAAUGAUGAAUUUCCAUUGUUGAUAUACUGUAGUAUGAUCAAUAAAUUGAAUUUGCCUUUUAAUUUUAUGUUAAUCACUAUAAUUUAACUUUAAUUUUCAAGAUUUUACAAAUGUUUUAUUUUUAUAGUGAUAAGUUCACAUUAAAUCUAGAAUACAUUCUAUUUGAAAUAUGUUAGCUAAGUAAUCAAUUGGACUGAGAAUAAUCUUUAAGACAACAAUCAUUUCUGAUGAUAUAGGAUUCACUUACUUAACAAAUGAAUCAGGUUUUACAUAACAAUUGGAAUUUGCAGUUACUGUCAGCCAUUUACUUUUACAUAAUCA